AUGUCGGACACGCCAGCACCCGUCGUGGCCGAGACCGCCGCCACUACAACAGCAACAACCACAGAGGAUAACACCAGCAAGUCGACACUCUUCGUCCGCGGUCUCCCUUACGAGGCCACUAGCGCACAGCUCGAGGCCUUCUUCUCCGAAGUCGGACCUGUCCGUUCCUGCUUCGUGGUCCUUGACCGCAGUGCCGAGCAGAUUGCGGCAGAGUCUCCCUCUUCCGAAAACAACAAGGCCGGUAUUGCAGCUGCUGCUGCCUCUGCUGCCAAGACUACCCCCAAGAACAAGGGAUUCGGAUUCGUGCAGUUUGUCCUUCCUGAGGAUGCUGAUAAGGCUAUUGAUGAGUUGCGCGGAACAAAGUUCUUGAAGCAGCGACCUCUCAUCAUGGAGAAGGCUGUCAAGAAGUCUCAUGAUGGCGAGGACAAGCCCAAGAAGGAGUUCAAGCCCAAGGGCAAGGCUGACAAGCCCAAGAACGACAAGGUCAAGCAGGCAAAGAAGGAAGAAACAGAAGAACCCAAGGAGAAGAACUACUCUUUCCAAACAGUCGUGUUAAAGGGAUUGGGCAAGGAUAUCACCAAGAAGCACAUCUACAAGAAGGUCCGCAAGGCUGGCGAUGUCAAGGAAGUCAUCUACCCAGUCAUCACAAAGGCCCCCGAAGCUGCUGAGGGAGAGCAGAAGGGCGAGGAUCAGGUCGAGGAAGGAACUGCACAUAUUAUUUACUCCACUGCCGCAUUGGCCGCACAGGCCGUUCAGGCCUUGGAUGGACAUAUUUUCAAGGCAUGCGCCCUUCACGCUGCCCUGUUGGCUUCACCUUCCGUCUACAAGCGUUGCCGAUUGAUUGUCCGCAACUUGCCCUGGAAGUACAGAGAGACUGAGCUCCGUGACCUCUUCGUCAAGUACGGCACUGUUCAUGAGGUCAACUUGCCUCGCAAGUUCGAUGGAGGUCCCCUCCGUGGAUUCGGAUUUGUUCAGAUGGAGAACUUGGAGGCGACCGAAAAGGCUGUUGCUGCCUUGAACGGCACUGAGCACCACGGCCGUACCAUUGCUGUCGAUUGGGCAUUGGCCAAGGAUCGUUUCGAGGAGGCUGAGGCCAAGACACAGGAUGAGGCACCAGCAGGAGAAGAAGAUCAGGAUGUUGAGAUGGAGGAUGCUUCUGCAGAGAACGAGGACGAUGAGGAGGAGGAGGAGGAGGAGGAGGAAGGUGAGGAGGGAUCUGACAAUGAGGAUGAGGAGCUCGACUUGGACCAUCUUCAGGGCAGCGACGACGAGGAAGCUGAGGAUUCUGACGAGGAGAUGGAUGCCGAGGAGGAGGAUUCUGCUGCUUUGGCCGCGCUUGACCUCGAGGAGGAGAAGGAGAAGGAGCAAACCAAGAUGGUUCUCCCUGAUCCCAGUGAAGGCACCACUCUUUUCAUCCGCAACUUGGAUUUCGAGGCAACAAAGGACGAUCUUUUCGAGCUCUUCCGUCACUGGGGAAAGCUGCGCUACUGCCGUGUGACAAUGGACCACGACACUGGACGGUCCCGCGGAACAGGAUUUGUUUGCUAUUUCAACAAGGGCGCUGCCGACAACGUUAUGGUUGAGGCUAAUAAGGUCGCUGCGAUUGUUAACCCCAUCCAGGCCGAGAACGACAAGAAGAAGAAGAACAACCAUGUCAAGCACGCUAUCUUGCAGCCCGACUUGCCCGAGGAGCUCGCACUCAAGUUUACGCUCAACGGACGUGUCCUCAACGUCGUCCGUGCUGUCGACAAGAAGUCUGCUGUGACGCUGUUGGAGGCUGGUCAGCAGAAGCGUGAGCGUGAGGACCGUAGGAACUUGUACUUGAUGCGUGAGGGUGUUAUCUUCCCUGACUCGCCCGCCGCCAAGUCAAUCUUGCCCGGAGAGUUGUCCAAGCGCCAGGCUUCGUUCUCUGCUCGUCGUGCUCUUCUUUCCCGCAACCCUUCGCUCUAUAUCUCCAAGACCCGUCUUUCGAUCCGUAACUUGCCUAUCAAGAUGGACGAGAAGGAUCUCCGCAAGUUGGGAGUGCAGGCUAUCGCAAAGUUCAAGAACGAGGUUAAGGACGGCAAGCGUGGACACUUGUCGACGGACGAGAUGGCAGAGGGAUGGGACAAGCGCGUGUUUGUCAAGCAGGCCAAGAUUGUUCGGUCCAAGGACCGUGUCGACGGAGAUACCAAGCAGUUGCGGUCGAAGGGAUACGGUUUCUUGGAGUACUCGACUCAUGCGCAUGCUUUGGCUGGUCUCCGUUGGUUGAACAACAACCCUUCGCUGUUUGGUGAUAAGAAGUGUCUGAUUGUCGAGUUCUCGGUCGAGAACGUGAUGGUUAACAAGCAGAGAGACGAGCGUGAGACGAGGCGGAUGGGUAAGGGCGAGAGAGAUGGAAAGCGUAAGCGUGAGGGAGAGGAUGACGGUGAGGGCGAGCAUUAUAACCACCAUCAGGGUGACGAGGAUCAGGAGAGGAAACGACCAAGGAAAUCGAUCCACGAGGGCGGUGGACGGGAUCGUGGCGAGUCUCGUGGUGGAUUCCGUGGAGGUCGUGGCGGCGGAGACCGUGGUGGAUUCCGUGGUGGUCGUGGCGGCGGCGGCGGAGACCGCGGCGGAUUCCGUGGUGGACGUGGCGGCGGUGACCGUGGUGGCUCAAGAGGUGGCUUCCGUGGUGGUCGUGGUGGAUCUAGCGAUCGUGGCGGUUCCAGUGGUGGAUUCCGUGGAGGUCGCGGUGGAUCCAGCGAUCGUGGCGGAUCCAGAGGAGGAUUCCGUGGCGGUGGCCGCGGAGGCGGUGGUGGAGACCGUGGCGGCCGUGGUGGAUUCCGCGGUCGUGGUCGCGGUCGCGAUUAA